GGGCUGCCUGGUCGCAUCGGGAACAAAGGAAACUCGCCCCCCCCCCCGCCCCUCCCGGCAUGAAGAUGCCUUGGCUGGCGCCGGGGCCCCGGGCGCUAGGGCAGCUCCUGCUGCUGCUUCUGCUCUGCCACGCCGCGCUGGCACAGCGCUGGCGUAACGAAAACUACGAGAGACCUGUGGACCUGGAAGGGUCAGGGGAUGACGACCCCUUUGCGGAUGAUGAAAGUGAUGACCUCUAUUCGGGGUCUGGCUCGGGAUAUUUUGAGCAGGAGUCUGGGAUCGAGACGGCGGUGAGGCUCCGCACGGACACGCUCCCCACCACCCCGGCCGGGCUGCCUGUCACAUCUGUGCAGCCCGUGGCAACUCCCUUUGAAAUGCUGCCUGUAGAAGAAACCACCCCUGAGCAGGCGACCAGCAUCCUGUACAUCCCCAGGGUGACAGAGGCACCGGUGAUUCCCAGCUGGAAAGCAACUACCACCAGUGCCACGGCCAGUGACACCCCACCACCCGCAACGGCUGCUGCUGCUUCCAGCCCCACCACUCCCACUGCUAAACCAACAACCAUCCGGAGGAUCCUGCCCCCCUUCGUCACGACGACGGCCACAACGCGGGCCACCACUCUGGAAAUGCCAGCCGCAGCUGUGACGGAAGCCAGCACGGUCACAGAGGCUGCCACGUCCCGGCUCGUCACCCCCAGCACUGCCAGGCCCAGAGCUGGCCCAAAGUCGAGCACCUCCAGGACCAUGGUCGUCACAGAGAAAAGCACUGUCUUGCCGCCGCUGGCUGCUACCUUGGCCCCUACGGACGCACCCCAGACCAAGCUGCUGGACGUGACCAUGUCCACGUCCCUCGACAGCGAGCUGGAGGUUCCUGUCAGCGGAGGACCCAGCGGGGACUUCGAAAUCCGCGAGGAGGAAGACACAACUCGGCCAGAGCUCAAUAACGAAGUGAUCGCCGCGGUUACCCUGGCAGCAGAGCCGGGGCUGGGGAAGAAUGCAGAGCCCGGCCUCAUAGACAAUACGAUAGACUCUGGGAACUCGGCUGCCCAGCUCCCCCAGAAAAACAUCCUGGAGAGGAAAGAAGUGCUAAUAGCUGUCAUCGUGGGCGGCGUGGUCGGGGCUCUCUUUGCUGCCUUUCUGGUCAUGCUGCUCAUCUACCGGAUGAAGAAGAAGGACGAAGGGAGCUACACGCUGGAGGAGCCAAAGCAGGCGAACGUCACAUACCAAAAGCCCGACAAGCAGGAGGAGUUCUAUGCAUAACAGAGCCCAGAGUGCCUCUCUCUCCAUUUCACUCGAUUUCUGGUUCAAUUUCCCUCUGCCCCCACCCUCCCCCAGCCAAUCUCUGUCUCUUGCUCUCUUUCUGAUGGGACUGUGAGUUGAACAAACAAACAAACACUAUAAUAAAAAGAAAAAAAACAGCUUCAGUUAAAAUAUAUACAAAUAAAGCGUCACCGAUUUAAAACGAAUCCCGUAACCUUUCUCCAGCGGACGCAGCGUUUGCAGGGGACAGCAAGCGUGAGGAGCGAACGGGCAGCCAACUUUCAGUGCCUAUGCGAACACUCCUCGGACGACAGCAUGCUUGGGUGGUCAUUUUCCUGAUGAUGGUUGGAGUUUCCUGGGUUUACCAAACAACAAGACUGACUCUGAGGUCUGAACACCUGUUACCAGAAUUGGGGUAGGGGUGGGAGUUUGGGGAGAGGGAGGGGUUUCUUUCUUUCUGUGGGGUUGGGGGUUUGGUUUCUUACUGGGACUCGCUGCUCCAUGGCUGUAUUCGGAAAGAGGAUGCGACUGUCAAAUACAAUUUCAAGCCUUGAAAAAGCACAAUGAGAUGAAACAGCUAAUGCUGUGGUUUGCUCUCGGAAUGAAAAAUGGCCAGUGGGCUGGAGCUGAGCUUUUAGAGCACCUCCUCAGAGAGUUCACAUAGCUGCAGGGAGCCCCGGUUGGCAGUUGUGUGGGGCUCCCUUCCUCACACUGCUUCACUUCAUUUGCAUUGCUGUGCACAGAGACCUUAAGUGUAUAGAAACCAUGUUUUGGGGGCUGGCGAGGGCUUGGUUGAAAGGGACCUUGCUGUUGCUGGGUUUUCACUGUGACGAACAAAACUCAGCUAUUGCAGUAUUCCCUGCUCUUUGCAAACAACCAGCGCUGGUGGUUUGAAGGGAACCAGGAUAAUGGGGGCAGGGGGGAUUGACAAGAACAACAACAAGAGGCUAAGAGGUCUUUUGUGUUCCUUUGAAUGUGAUAAUAUUUCACAGACCUCAUCCAGCCGCGCUUUGCAGCCAUUCUCCUCAGAUGUUGUUUGGUGAUAGCUCCUGUCAAAUUGCAGAUACCCCAGGACAUUAAGAAAAUAAAGGAGACAACGGUAGGUUUUCAAGGGUCACUGUCAGGACACAUUAGCUCCAUGAUGUAUCAUUAAUUAAAUCCAAGACUGAUAUGUUUCCAUUAUUUUUUUUAGUUUUUAUUUUUAAAACUCCUGUUCAAACUUUACAGCUAGGAACUGAUUGACUUCCAAUGGGCUUUGGAUCAGCUUCACAUGGGAGCCCAAAAGGGUAACCAACUAGAAGCAACGGUUAAACUGACUAAUGUGUUUUGAAUCCUCUGAGGUGCGUUUAAGAUGGAAAGGAUAUAAGUGGCACGAGGGCCCAAUCCAGAGCCCAGGGAUUGGGCCCAUAGGGUUGAAUAUUCAGUGAGAAAUUUGAAUUGGCCGGCUUUAAUAAUCUAAAGGGCUGUUCACGAUACAGUUAAGGAAACUGAGUUUUUAAAAAGAUGAUUUGGAUCUGGACCAUGUUCCUUUGAGGCCCUCACUUUGCUAUUGUAUUAAUUUAAAAAAAAGCAGUCAACAUCCUUAUGUCACCUACUAGUCUGACUCUUUGAACCCUUCCCAAGGCUGAGUUGCGAGUGGAGGUUUAUCCGUAUACUAGUGGCUAAUGUGGACUUUUAGUUCAGGCAGUAUAGACACAGGCAUUUGCAUUCUGAUGUGCUUGGGUCAAUCCCCACAAAUAACCAACCCGAAGCUGUUGUGACCCAUGGAACUCUCUCGUGGAUCAGUGUGGGCACACGUCAUUGGGAACAGGAUAUGCCUUGUGAGGGAUCUUGGGGACUUGUCUUAGUGGGCCACACCGGGGACAAUCUGCUCAUGGAGCCAGAAAAAGUUUUGGCAUAGCCCAGAGAACAAAGCAGCUCUGGCAUGUGGAUGGGAGAGGAGAAUUGUGGCCAAAGCAAACAUUUGGUGAUACCAGCUGUUAUCUGAUGAAAGGCACAAGAAUGACAACCCAGGCUUGGUUCUGAUGUCACAAUGUCAGCAGAGUUAUUCCUGAUUGAUUCCGGUGUAACUGACAGCAGAAUGAAGCUGUCAGUCAUAAGAAACGGCUCCUCCAGGGCUGCCAGGAGGUGAGAGCCAAAUGUUUCAAGGUUUGGUGCAAAUCUGGAUGGAGGGUUUUUUUUCCCACCAGCUUUAGGCUGAGAUUUUUUUUCAAGAAGGACUUUGAUUUUGAGUGUCUUUAUUUUUAGGACUGUAUUGAGACCUUAAAGGGGGCUAAUUCUCCGGGGUGAAUUCUGAAAAUCAAGCCCCUUAUAGAUGUCUCAAUUUGGGCACCCUAAAGACUGAGGCAACCAAAAAUCAUUAGUCCCCUUUGAAAGACAAGGUCCUAAUCUUUUGAGACUAUAUUAAAAUCUCCAAGCUUAAUCUUUUAAGUUUUGCUUUUCUCAGCUUCCUCAUUAAUCUGCGCCAUUCUAUUUUUUCCCUUAAUAGUCUGAAGUACUGUAAUACAACUUUUUCUUUUAAUCCACGUUAGACUUCUCAGCUGGUAUUAAAUUGUAAUCCCGAUACUUAAAUCUUUUACAGGUUCGGAAGGGAGUAAUGAUCUCAAAAUGCGAGUGUUAGAGCAGGCUGAAAAAUCGUUCUUUGCUUUCUCUUAAAAGAAUUUAAAGUACAAAAUGACAAAAAUAUCGUUAAUUAAAACACUGAUCAGAGUUGA